AUGACUACCGAUUCAAACCAGCCAGCACCUACAGUUGUAGAUAGGGAUGACAUACAGAUUCCAAUCAUCGACUUUGCGCCCUUUCUAUCCGGCACGCCAGCAGGAAAACAUUCCGUGGCCCUUUCUGUGACCAAUGCAUUCAGGAACUCGGGCUUUCUAUACCUUAGAGGCCACGGAAUUCCACCAUCUGUCGUAUCUAAGACAUUUGCCUCGUCAGCACGCUUCUUCGCUCGACCACAGGAUCAGAAAGACAGUUUGCGCUGGACCGGUCCCGUGUCUAACCGUGGGUAUAUUGCGACAGGACAGGAGAAACUGGUUCCAGUAGAGGACACUGCUGGGAUCGAAAACCUGCGUACUACAAGCCCAGACUUCAAAGAGUCAAUGGAGAUUGGAAAGGAAGGGGUAGUUGGUAUGGUGAACCAAUGGCCCGACCAUAUUGACGAAGAAGGACGGUCUUUCAAGCAAACCAUGCUCUUAUUCUUCGAAACCUGCAAUACCCUACAAAUGCAAAUCAUGCAAGCCAUCGCCCUCGGAAUGAACCUGCCAGAACACUUUUUCGAGAAGUACAUCGACGCAGGCGACAACAUCCUCCGUCUGCUGCACUAUCCACCCAUCCCUAAAGAUAUUUUCCAGCGACAACCGGGUCAAGUCCGCGCUGGGGAACAUAGUGAUUACGGCUCAAUCACACUAUUGUUCCAAGAUGCUCGGGGAGGACUGCAAGUGCGCAGUCCGAAGGGAACGUUUGUCGAUGUGACUCCGGUCCCGGAUACUAUUGUUGUAAACACAGGUGAUUUGCUGGCGAGGUGGGCUAAUGAUAAUAUUACGAGUACGCGACAUCGGGUUGUUGAGCCACCUGUGUCGGCUGGGGAUGAGGGAGAGUACCCUGCACGGUAUAGUGUUGCUUAUUUCUGCAAUCCGAAUACAAACCAGGUUAUUGAAGCGCUGCCGGGAACGUAUGAUGAGCAGGAAGGAAGGAAGUAUCCGGGCAUUAAGGCUUUGGAUUACCUUAUUCAACGGCUGGGGGCGACUAUAUGA